AUGAAGGCUGCUCCGCUUCUCGUGUCCUGGCACAAUGACAACACGCCAAUCUACUCGGCACACUUCGAGCCCCACGGCAAAGGACGAUUGGCUACGGCGGGCGGCGACAACAAUGUGAGGCUCUGGAAGGUCGAGGCCAACGGCGACGAGCGCAAAGUCAGCUAUCUGGCCACCCUUGUGAAGCACUCACAAGCUGUAAAUGUUGUACGAUGGGCCCCCAAAGGUGAGGUGUUGGCCUCCGCUAGCGACGAUGGCGUCGUACUCCUCUGGGUACCCUCCGAAAACCCCCCAAUGAGACAACUGGGAGACGACGGCCCCGAAGACAAGGAAGCAUGGAGGGUCAAGCACAUGUGCAGGUCUAUGGGCUCCGAGAUCUACGACCUUGCCUGGUCUCCCGACGGUGCCUUCUUCAUCACAGGCAGCAUGGACAAUGUGGCCCGCAUAUACAACGCCCAGACAGGGGUAAUGAUACGGCAAAUCGCUGAACACAGCCAUUACGUGCAGGGCGUAGCAUGGGACCCGUUGAAUGAGUUUGUUGCGACCCAGUCGUCGGACCGAUCGGUGCACAUUUACAGCUUGAAGAACAAGAACGGCGAGUUCACGCUAGAUCCGCACAGCAAAGUCACAAAAAUGGACCUUCCCGCACGCAGAAUCUCCUCGAAUAGCCCUGCUCCGCCAGACUUUGGAGGUCGCGCGUCGUUUGUCGCACAUGGGUCGGCUCUAACAACUGGUUCUCCCGCCCCCUCUGCACCCGGUACUCCCCAGUCGCUGGCUCUUCCGAUGAAUCCACCACCUACCUCGCACAGCCGCCGGUCCUCGUUCGGCUCGUCCCCAUCGGUGCGGCGAUCAGCUUCACCGGCGCCUUCGAUGCCUCUGCCUGCGGUAAUGCCUAAUUCGCCCAGCAUCGGCAGUCUCGCAACCGGCAACCACCCUGCUCUGUCGGGAGUUAGAAAUGCGCCAAUAUAUGCUAACGAGACCCUCACAUCGUUCUUCCGACGUUUGACUUUCGCGCCAGACGGGAGCUUGUUAUUCACCCCUGCAGGCCAGUACAAGACCGUGCUGCCGUCGCUUGCAGAUGCGAACAAGACCACCGAGGACAUCACCAACACUGUGUACAUUUACACCCGAGGCGGAUUGAACAAACCGCCUGUCGCGUACCUACCCGGACACAAGAAACCGUCCGUAGCUGUGAGGUGCUCGCCGAUUUACUACACCCUCCGCCAAACCCAUCCUCCCACCAAGCAAAUCACAAUUGACACCUCGUCCGCCGAUGAUGAGAUUCCUGCAUUGCCCGAGCCCGCCCUGCCAUCAAAGGCGCCCACUUCCUACGCAUCGAUGGAUCCUCCGCCGCUCACCAGCGCACCCUCGCCUUCGCCAAGCAUGGCUGCUGCAUCCCCGAAGCCGGCAGAAAGCGAGGCUGGGGCGUCAGGCAACCCGCCCCCUGGUCCAGUUUCGGCCUUCAGUUUGCCGUACCGUAUGAUAUAUGCAGUGGCGACGCAGGAUGCCGUGCACGUAUACGACACGCAGCAGCAAAAGCCGUUGUGCAUCGUUAGCAACUUGCACUUCGCGACUUUUACUGAUCUCACGUGGUCGAGUGAUGGAUCUACCUUGCUGAUGAGCUCUUCUGAUGGCUUCUGCUCGGCAUUGACGUUUUCCCCAGGCGAGCUGGGCGAGAAGUACAAUGGACCACUGGCAAAGGAAUCGCGGCAUUCGAAUACUCCCUCAAUCGACACUGCAGCAUCGCGAACGUCCAAUAACAGUACGCCCACUCAGACACCCACGACUUCCAACAUGCCGGCAUCGAAUACAGCAACAGCACCUGCGAUGGCUAGGCAGCCUUCAGCAGGCUUUCCGGCCUCUCCGAGCUCCUUCAUACCUGCAAGGCCAGGCAGUCCGACUCGAAGCAACUCGGUUUCAAGCAUUGCAACAGCCUCGUCGUUCGCACCGGGGGCAGGCGAUAUGGGUGUGAUGAACGCCCCUACGCCUUCCAUGUCGGCAGUGCCUAGCCUAGCAGCAGCAAACACAGGACCCGUAGGGGCUAUUCCCAUGUUCACACCACCGCUGACCCCAGCACACGGUCACGGAACUCAUAGUGCGAGUAGCUCGGUCAGCGGUGUUCCUGGAGGAGCUAGCGGUCUGCGAAGAGGGAGCGAGUCGGAGCGUGAAGACAAUGUGUCGCCCCGCAAGAAACGAGACCUGCAAGCUGUGCCUGAGGCCGAGGAGGGCAGAGGGACGAAGAAGCGGAGGAUCGCUCCCACGCCGGUCACUUUCCCGUCGGUGGAGACGAACGACAGCGCGAUUGCAAGCACCACGGAGAACACACCUACGACUCAGACGUCGACGGAGCAAUGA